AUCAGCUUACGCGAAUGCCUUGUUUGGAGGCGUGGCUUUGCUGUUGAUGACUGGCAGCUGCGUUGAGUUUCGCCGAUCCUUCGCUGAAUCUUACCAACUUUACUCACCAAACGAGGUUAAAUGUGGAAAAUAGAUAAACGGAAUAAAUACUCGCAAAUAAUGAGCGACCUGAGGAGAAUAAACAGUGUGGUCGUGAAGGUUAAAGGUGCUCCAUUGGACAGGUGGGUGCAAACAAGCGUCUUUUCGUGUCUUUCUCGCCAUCUCUGGUUCUACGUUGAUGUCUAAGUUGACCAACUUCUCGGAUUAUGGCCACAACCUUCUACUAUCCAGUCUUCUUUGGCCGGAAGCAAGUCGCUGCUCGGUGGCAGGUGUAAACUUCACCGUGGUAGGAGACAUCCGCCACUUUGUCACCACGCCCGAUGCCGUUUACAUAGCGGCAGCAGACAGGCUGUACCAGCUGAACCGCGACCUGAGUCUGGUCCGGACCGUGAACCAGAGAGGGGUCCUCACUGGCAAAAGUGAUUCUGCGCAGUUCUACAAAGUCCCGGAGAAGGCUGAAUGGAACGCAACGUUCAGCAUCAACAUGCUGUUGCCCUUUUUGGCGAAUAAAACGCUCAUCAGCUGCGGCGUAACGGACAACAAGUGCGGAUACUGCGAGCUGCUGGCGCUGGCCAACAUCUCCAGGGUAGUCUACAGGGAGAACAUUCUAGUGGGACCCUCAAGGCCCCUGAGCGCGUCCGUGGCAUUCUUGGUGUCUGUGGCCAGCCAUGACGUUUACAUUAUGACCGCCAUAGAGCAAAGCAAAAACCAGACCUCACAGAACACGUGCUCCCUCUCGGAUACCGAGGUGCUGUACCUCUAUGACACCGUUCACCACCAGAAUAAAAAAGCAGGGAACGAAGGAGGCAUCUUCUCCAUCUCUGGUGACUCUGCCACCCCGGUCUUUAGAAGCAAAGGCAACGUGGACUUUGUGGAUGGAUUUCAGAUAGAUACUAUCAUCUAUCUUUUUGCCAAUGUGCCUUCUUCCGAAGUCGGCGGUAACAAAGUCCGCCUCCUAUGGCUCCAAACCAAACCAAAUAAAGUGGAUACCAUGAAGUCGUUCCGAGGAUCGUCCCUCAUCAUUCCCGGGGGGAAAGGCAGCAGACUCGUAGCCUCCUCUGUGGUCUCGGGCCGGGCCCUCUGGGUCGGCGUGUUCAGUAAGGACGGAGAGCCGAGCAACACCAAGCUGGUUCUGUUCGACAUCACCCCUGAUCUGAACAUAAAAGAAAAUGAUGAUCAAGACUUCAGUACCUCAACUAAAACCUACAAUCCCACUAAGCCUAGAGAGCUGCAGCCGCAGAAGGUGCUCUUCAAGAAGACCUCCAUGACUUCUGUACUGGCUGUGACACAAGGAGCGUGGAUAGUCGUCUUCAUCGGGACAGGAGACGGCCAGCUCAUUAAGCUAAACGUGGACAAGAACUAUCACACCACUUGUCCCACACUGCUCCACCACACCGACGGCGACAGUAAGGUAUUUCCCAAGAUGCACCUGGAUGCGGCGCGCCAACAUGUGUACGCGGCCUUCAGUAAGACGGUGCAGCGUGUGCCUGUGUCAAAGUGCCACACCCACACAACACUGCAGGACUGCUGGUCAGCGCAGGAUCCCAGCUGUGUGUGGUGCCAUGAUAAAAACAGGUGCACUUUUAAAGAUGAAUGCCAAAACUCCAGCUGGUUGUCCAUUGUGGAGGACUACCAGCCAAAGAUGAUUUCCUACAGCCUGGAAAAGCAAAGUGAUGGUCGGAUCAGUCUAAAUGUUCACGCAAACGUCGCUGUGGAUCCAAACGCCGGCUCAAACUUCGCCUGUAAUUUCCCGGCAAGUUCUGGCGAGCCGUGCGAAAGGGAAGGCCUUCCUCCAAAGUUCCCAGAGUGCAAAUGCAUUCUCUCAAACGACACGAUACCCAGCCAAGGGAUGAGCGUCGCAUUGAAAGUCAAACUGGGCUCAAUGCACUUGUCGGAAACAUUAAAAAUCAUGAACUGCUCCGACAUCAAGGGCUCGCCCACCGCUGCUCUGUGCCAGCACUGCAUUGAGGUGGGAUGUGCUUGGAGUAACGGCAACUGUUCCUGGGCUACUGCAGGAGUCAUGAGUGACAGAGUUUGCCAAACAAUCCAGUCAACAACGAUGCUUUCAAUCUCCUCCGUCACCCCCAGCGUUGUGUCUUUCUACGGCCACAACCGCGCCGUUAUGUCUGGCUACAACCUGGGUCAGGUGGUCAGAGUGAGGGUCCAGACCAGCAUGGACUGCACACCACAGGAGUCUCCCGUGUGGGACAACACGGGUCAGGAGUUGCUCUUCCACAUUCCCGCCAAUGAAGGCAAAUGGACAGUUGGUCUGUGCGCCGUCCUCCCAGAUGCUAGUUGCCAUGGCAACAGCACACUCACCUAUGUGUCCUCCCCGUCCUGCACUGCUGUGACACCAAACACCACCUGGAGCAGUGGUAAGCGAAAAAUCACCCUCCUCGGAUCCAACCUUGAGUUUGUCGACAGCGUUCUGCACAGUCACGCCCAGCAGGAAGUCAGCCUCUUCACCGACAGAAGCUCUCAAAAUGUGACUUACCAUAUACCUGCCUCUCAAAGCGCUCAGAGAGUUUUCACCAGCAUCGUAUCUCUCAAAGUAGCCAACGAGUCUUUGGCCUGCCUCCAGUCCAUCACCUACUAUCCAGACCCUCAGUUCACCAGCUUCACCUCCACGAGGACAGGGGACAACGUCCGCAUCACUAUACAGAAAAAGGCCGACCACCUUGACAUGAGCUUAGAAGAAGUGUCAGCGGUGGGCGUGUACGAAGGCAAAGACUACCCUUGCAUCAUGGAGGUCAAAGAAACCAGCAACCAGACUGACUUUUUCAUCUGUGAAAUUCAAAGCGCGCCGGAUGCUAUUUUUCGUCAAUUAAAGGUCAAAUAUGGAGAGAAGACGGUAAAGUUGCAGAACACAUCACAUCUGUUUGCUCUGAUGCUGCUCGUCCUCCUGCUGAUCCCCGCCAUCAUAUUGGUGGUGGUGGUCGUUUACCGCCGCCAGCAGCAGCAGCUCACUGUGAAGAUGAAUAAGCGAAUGGAAAACCUGGAGCUUGACAUCCGUAACGACAUCAGACAAGGUUUUGUGGAUCUGCAGACAGAAAAGGCGGACCUGAUGGAAAACGUCGGCACCAUUCCGUUCCUUGACUACAAGCAUUUUGCAUCCAGAAUCUUUUUUCCUGAGAAUGAAGCUCUGAUGGCAUCGUGUAUGGCCGACGUGAGUCAGGUGACCGUGAAGGUGCAUCUGGACGAGUGUUGCCAGGGCCUGUCCAAACUGAUCCAGGACCAGCACUUCCUUACAUCCAUGGUGCACGCCGUGGAGGAGCAGAAGAGUUUCACCAUUAAAGACAAGUGUGCAUUGGCGUCCCUCCUGACCGUGGCGCUGCACAGCAACUUGUCGUAUCUGACGGAAGUGAUGGAGGCUCUGCUGAAAGACUUGAUGCAGAAAAACAGCAGCGCUCAGCCCAAAAUGUUGCUGCGGCGCACCGAGUGCACGGUGGAGAAACUUCUUACCAACUGGGUGUCCGUCUGCCUCUACGGCUUCUUGAGGGAGAGCGUCGGCCAGCACCUCUUCCUGCUGGUGAGCGCCCUCACGCAGCAGAUGUCGCGAGGGCCGGUGGACCGUGUGACGGAGAAGGCGCUCUACACGCUCAGUGAGGACUGGCUGCUGUGGCAGGCGCAGGACUUCAGCCCACUGAGGCUGAAGGUGUUGUUUCCGGUGGGCGGCGACGGCGAGGUCACAGAGCCCCUGGAGGUGUCCGCCCUCAGCUGUGACACGGUGGAGCAGGUCAAGGAAAAGGUCUUGACCACCUUCGAGGCCAAGUUUGACUUCCCUUACAACAGGCCCGUUAGUGUCGAGUUGGACAAGGACGGCACCUUCGUUGCGCUGGAGGAGGUGGAUGCCAGCUCACACGUGGUCGGGGAGGUGACCAUGCUCAACACUCUCAAGCACUACAAGGUUCCAGAUGGGGCGACGAUCAAAGUGCUGUCCAGAUCACCUUCUGACAAACCCCUGCAGACUCUGAAAGACGAUCGGGACUUCUCGGGGAAAUAUUUCCAUCUGAUCGAUCCCGACGUGGGCGAGGACCGAGGCAUGAACCCGGAGAGGAAGAAGUUGCAGCUGAAGGAAGUGCACCUCACCAAGCUGCUGUCCACCAAGGUGGCGGUGCAUUCCUUUGUGGAGAACCUGUUCAGGUCCAUCUGGGGGACGCAGCAGUGCCGAGCGCCGCCGGCCGUCAAGUACUUCUUCGACUUCCUGGACGCGCAGGCGGACAACAUGAAGAUCCUGGAUGCAGAUGUGCUGCACAUCUGGAAAACUAACAGUUUGCCUCUUCGCUUCUGGGUGAACAUCCUGAAGAAUCCCCAGUUUGUCUUCGACAUGGACAAGAGUCCGCAGCUGGACGGCUGCUUGUCCGUCAUCGCUCAGGCCUUCAUGGACUCCUUCUCCCUCAGCGAGACGCAGCUGGGCAAGCACGCACCCACCAACAAGCUGCUCUACGCCAAAGACAUUCCCAAGUUCAAGCAGGAAGUCAAGGAUUACUACCGGCAGAUCCGAGACCAGCCGCCACACGCCGACUUCCACGGCUUCCUGCACGAGGAGUCCAAGAAACAUGAAAAUGAGUUCAACGAAGCUGCGGCCCUCAAGGAGAUCUACAAGAUCAUUCACAGAUACUUCUCAGAGAUCGUAGAAAAACUGGAGCAGAAUGGCGCCCCUGCUGAGCUGAAGGAGCAACUGCAUGAAGUAAAGAAGAGGUUUGAGGAACUGAAGAGCUGCUCCUGGAGCUGACCCACAUCCCGCCCUAGACCACCAGGCUUGUACUGUAGCAUAUUUCAACUAAAUACACAUUGCAUUUUUUUUAUGCCUUGUGUUUUUGUUUUUACAAAAAUAUUUCUAGUGGCAUGUCCCUCUGCUGCCACAGGGUGGUGCUGUUGAGUCAACUACUUGCAGCAACCAGUAGGUCAGUCAUUAACGAGCAGCGCCACCUAAAGAGUGUAGAAGUUACAACUGGAGGCGGAAUUUGAGACUUUGGCUCGUUCUUGGUUUUAUUUUUAAUCAAGUAAACAAUCACUAGUAGAUCAUGUAGAAAAUGUAGAUCAGAAAUGUUUAAUUUACAAAACUAUUACUCUGUUGGUGGGAAUUAUUCUGGAAUAUUGUCUAUAAUGGGCACACCCAGACGGACAGAUGUCAGGUUCAAACACCGAUGACAUCUAUUAAACAGACAAGAAGCAAGGAAGUAAACAGAGACAGGAUUCAAUUUAGCUCAAUGAGGAGAGCGCGUACACCUGUACUCUAGUACAGUGUCGUGCCACGCUCAGACGAAAGGAUUGCACCCCUCCUCUUUUAAUUGGACUUUCCCUGAUUACAUGGCAACAGCUGUUUCUAAGGGGAGAGGGGGUCAUAAACAGCCGUUGCCCUCGGUCACAAAACAGUUAGAAGAAAAGAUGCAUGGAGCUUGCGUCAGGUCCUGCUUCCUGAUGACUCUAUUACAUGGCCAAUUGUCACAUCUAGUAAAUGAAUAUGUACUCUUAAAGACAAUAACAUUGAUGACUAUAAUACAUGGCCAAUUGUCACAUCUAGUAAAUGAAUAUGUACUCUUGAAGACAAUAACAUUGAUGACUAUAAUACAUGGCCAAUUGUCACAUCUAGUAAAUGAAUAUGUACUCUUAAAGACAAUAACAUUGAUGACUAUAUUACAUGGCCAAUUGUCACAUCUAGUAAAUGAAUAUGUACUCUUAAAGACAAUAACAUUGAUGACUAUAAUACAUGGCCAAUUGUCACAUCUAGUAAAUGAAUAUGUACUCUUAAAGACAAUAACAUUGAUGACUAUAUUACAUGGCCAAUUGUCACAUCUAGUAAAUGAAUAUGUACUCUUAAAGACAAUAACAUUGAUGACUAUAUUACAUGGCCAAUUGUCACAUCUAGUAAAUGAAUAUGUACUCUUAAAGACAAUAACAUUGAUGACUAUAUUACAUGGCCAAUUGUCACAUCUAGUAAAUGAAUAUGUACUCUUAAAGACAAUAACAUUGAUGACUAUAUUACAUGGCCAAUUGUCACAUCUAGUAAAUGAAUAUGUACUCUUAAAGACAAUAACAUUGAUGACUAUAUUACAUGGCCAAUUGUCACAUCUAGUAAAUGAAUAUGUACUCUUAAAGACAAUAACAUUGAUGACUAUAUUACAUGGCCAACUGUCACAUCUAGUAAAUGAAUAUGUACUCUUAAAGACAAUAACAUUGAUGACUAUAUUACAUGGCCAAUUGUCACAUCUAGUAAAUGAAUAUGUACUCUUAAAGACAAUAACAUUGAUGACUAUAAUACAUGGCCAAUUGUCACAUCUAGUAAAUGAAUAUGUACUCUUAAAGACAAUAACAUUGAUGACUAUAAUACAUGGCCAAUUGUCACAUCUAGUAAAUGAAUAUGUACUCUUAAAGACAAUAACAUUGAUGACUAUAUUACAUGGCCAAUUGUCACAUCUAGUAAAUGAAUAUGUACUCUUAAAGACAAUAACAUUGAUGACUAUAUUACAUGGCCAAUUGUCACAUCUAGUAAAUGAAUAUGUACUCUUAAAGACAAUAACAUUGAUGACUAUAUUACAUGGCCAAUUGUCACAUCUAG